UCAGGCAGAAGAAGCAAUUGAUAGUUUCAGCUAUGAAGAAGCCAUAUUAAAACUGACUGAAAUAUUAAGAAUAGACCCUGUUCAUGUCAAGUCUCUUGAAAUGCUUGCUGGAAUAUAUACAGAGCAACUUAAUUGGUCAGAGGCACAAAAUCUUCUUAAGAAGUGUAUAGAAUUAUCCCCAGAUAAUGGCUACACAAAAUAUUUUUCUAUGGGUCAGCUUUGUGAAGGUGAAGAAUCUGUACUGUAUUAUAAGAAAGGAAUUCAGAUUAUUGAAAAAGAGUUGGAAAAUGCUGAAAAUGUUGACCCAUCUGAAAAAAUUACUAGGAGUUCUUUGCUAAAGAGUCUCUCUGAUGCAUAUUGUUCUGUAGCUGAAUUAUUUAUGACAGAUUGUUGUUUUGCUGAAAAUGCUGAAGGAAAGUGUUAUGAAUCACUUGAAGCUGCCAUAAAAGUAGAUCCAUCAAAUCCUGAAGCAUACCAGUGUUUAGCCAAUUUUCAUCUUGUAAAAGAGCAAAUUAAGGAGGCUAAAGAUGCUAUUGAAAAAAGUCUGUCACUUUGGUUACCACAACAUGAAGCUUUCAGAAAUGGUGAAUGCAACCCUAUAACAAAUGAUCUUGAAAAUGUCAUCCCUGGAUAUGACAGCAGAAUAAAAACUAGCAAAUUACUUAUUGAGCUGGAAAUGUUCGAAGAAGCUGUAAAAGUUCUGGAUGGUCUUAUUGAAGAUGAUGAUGAAAUAGUUGAAGUUUGGUAUCUUCUCGGAUGGACUAAUUAUCUACAUGGAGAUGAAUACAAGCUUAAUUCACUUUAUUAUUUUAAUAAAGCAAAAAAGGUUGCUGCCAAAACUGGUCAGGAAGAUGAUGAUAUGUUAUCUCAUAUAAAUGAGUUAUUGGAAGAAUUAAAUGCUGCCUAUCCUGAUUAUUGUGAGGAUGAAGAAAUUGAAAAUGAAUAUAAUUCAGAUUUUUCAAGUGAUUCUGAAAGUGAAAAUAAAAUGGAAACAUAAAAUCAAAU